AUGGAUAAGGCUCUACAGUCCGAUAGCGACAAAGAGAGAAAGAAGCAGGAAAAGAAAGCCAAGCUGGAAAACGACCUCGCUUAUGGCGAUGCUGUCACGCAACCCGAAUAUAACGGCGGACGAUUGAGCCCACCAAAGACCGAAAAAUACUCACGCCGCGAACCAAGUCCGGGUCCGCAGAGGACAUCGAGCAAAAAAUAUCGUGAUGAUGACCCGCGAUCGUCCAAGUCAAAUGUUCUGACAGUCGAGCCAGGCAGCAGCCGACGGGAUCGGUCACGAUCUCCUGCACCACCAGUGAAGGGCAUGUCUUCACUCAGUGUGAGCACAGGCUUCCCUACAGGUUCCCACCUCUCGUUGGCCAAUGCCCCCGGUUCUCCUUUGCUCGAAUCAUAUCAUGGAACUUACCAAUCAAUGUCGCCCAUGCCUUCUCCGCUACUGACUGCCUCCAAUGGCCCUCUUUCUCCUAUCGAACCUCUCUCGCCUGGUGUUUCAGACGAUGAGCGGGGCGACAAAAAGAAACGUCGUGCACGAUUCAGCGAUCCUGAGGAUGAUGCUGCCAGGCUUGCGAAAGCGCUCAAAGGCGAGAAGCGCUCACCUGACGUGGAACCGUUGAUAGAGAUUCUUCCUGGUUUAACCCAUGAACAGAUUAUGGAUCUGCGCACGGAAUACAAGAGACUAGUGAAGACUGGAAGUGAGCGCAAGGGUGUUAACGUGGCAAAACACAUCCGUGCCCGGCUCAAGGACGAGGAUCCAUUAUUGAUGAAGGCUUGCUAUACGGUCGCGCUUGGCAAAUGGGAAAGUGAAGCUUACUGGGCCAACUACUGGUACCAAGGCGAUAAGACACGGCGGGAAGUACUUAUUGAGUCCAUCAUGGGCAGAACGAAUGACGAGAUUCGGAGAAUCAAGGACGGGUUCAGUGACAAGAAAUACCGUGACAGCCUUACACAAUGCAUGAAGACGGAGCUCAAGGAAGACAAGUUCAAGAGGGCCGUGUUGAUGGUAUUGGAUGAAAGACGGAUGGAGGAGUACGACGAAUAUGGUCGACCACUCUCCAUUGACAGAAGGCUAGUAGAGGACGAUGUACACGAUCUUCGAAAAUCUGUCAAGAGCGAGAAGGGUGGCGAGUCUGCCAUGAUACAAAUCGUCGUCAUGCGAAGCGACUCGCAUUUAAGAGAGGUGAUGAAAUUGUAUGAGAGGACAUACGGGUCCAACUUUGCUCGAGACGCGCUGAAAAAGAGCGGCAAUCUUGUGGGUGAACUAUUGGCGCAUAUCCUCAACGGAGUGAUCAACAAGCCGGUCCGUGACGCGCUCCUUCUAAACCAUGCCCUCACCGCAUCGAAGAAGGACAGUAUGCGUCGCGAGCUUCUCAUCAGCCGUUUGGUCAGAUACCACUGGGAUCGCCAUCACAUGUCAGCAGUAAAAAGAGCUUAUAGAGAGCGAUAUCGCAUCGAUCUUGCGGACGCCGUCAAAGACGGCACAAGCGGCGACUUGGGACUGUUCUGCGAGCAAUUGGUCGUCACGCGCAUGCCGGACGAUGUGAAGAGGUUCUCAAAGGUUGAAGCCAUUAACCGAUACUAA